ACUUAGGGUAAAACCUAAGUCUCAAAUGGAAACAAUGUUACAAUAAUUUUACCUUGGAACACGAAUACCUGAGUUCUGAAUUCUGACACUUGUUAGUUGACAUUUGACGAGACAAGAGUCGGAAACACGAAACGGCUCUAUGCUUCGACGAUUUUCCGUCUUUAAUUUUAAUUUUAUUGUAAUAUUUGAUAUAAAAGUUAUAAAAUGCUAGUUACAAAUGAAUUCUUUUCUUUAUUAUGCAGAGGACGAAAGAAAAAAGUUGUGACAUUGAUUGUGUUACUAGUGUUUCUAGUAAAUGCCAUGUUUUAUGUGAGCUUAGAGCUGUAUCAUACUGUGAAAAACAAGGGCAAAGAUCCUUGGUAUAACGGUCUUCAUUAUGACAAGAACUCAUAUGUGGAUGAAAGUGGAAUGAGAGUAAUAGUAGGACACUAUGUCGGUGGCAUUGGCGGAGGCAAUUUGUCUGAUGAUCUAAUACACAGUAACAAUUAUGACCCUGUACCAGGGGCAGGUGAAGGCGGCAGGCCAGUUCAAUUGUCACCAAGAGAACUCAUAACCGCUCGAGAACUCUACACACUUCAUUCUUAUAAUAUACUUGUUAGUGAUAGAAUAUCGAUAAACAGAAGUCUUCCUGAUAUGAGAAGUGAAAGUUGUAGAAAUGUGGAGUAUGAUCUGGAAAACCUGCCAACAGCAAGUGUGAUAAUAGUGUUCCACAAUGAAGCCUGGUCAACCCUCAUGAGGACAGUCAUGUCUGUACUGUUGAGAUCACCAGAUCAACUGUUAAAGCAGAUAAUUUUAGUAGACGACGCGAGCGACCGUCGUUACCUAGGCAAAGAGCUAGAUGACGCUGUGAGUAGACUAGACAAAGUGCAAAUACUAAGGAGUUCAGAAAGAAAUGGCCUCGUUGGCGCCAGACUGAUGGGCGCGAAAAAGGCCACUGGUGAUGUUUUGCUGUUUCUCGAUGCCCAUUGUGAGGUAACGCACGGGUGGAUCGAGCCUUUAUUGGACAGAGCGGGCAGUGACGAUGUGUUCAUCUGUCCACACAUAGACUUACUAUCUGAAGACACUCUCGCGUACACAAAAAGUAUAGACGCACACUGGGGCGCGUUCAGUUGGCGUUUACAUUUCCGAUGGCUCAUGCCAAGUGGUGAGGUGAUGGUAAAAAAGUCCGAAAACCCAUCAAAACCUUAUCCAACCCCCGCCAUGGCUGGGGGGCUGUUCGCUGUAAGGAAAAGUCUGUUUUGGCGGCUAGGUGGGUACGACAAAGGUAUGCUGAUAUGGGGAGCGGAGAAUCUGGAGCUAUCAUGGCGUGCGUGGCAGUGUGGAGCCAGGGUGGAGAUCACCCCUUGUUCUAGAGUAGGGCAUAUAUUCAGAAGGCAUAGUCCAUAUAAAUAUCCGGGUGGUGUUUCCAAGGUCCUCAAUUCCAAUCUGGCUCGUGCUGCCUCCGUCUGGAUGGACGAGUGGGCUGACUUCUUUUUCAAAUUCAACCCGUCGAUAUCCGCGAUACGCGACCAACAGAACGUUUACGAUCGUGUCGAGUUGCGAAAGAAUUUGAAUUGUAAGAGUUUUGCGUGGUAUUUGGAGAAUGUAUGGCCUCAGCACUUCUUCCCGACGAAUGAUAGGUGGUUUGGUAGGAUUAAGAGUGAGGCUGGCGCGUGUUUGGGUGCCAUUCCUGGAACGCCUGGUCUCGGCGGACCGGCAGCCGGUCUCCAAUGCGGCAACGACUUGGACCUCGAUAGGUUAGUGGUCUAUACUCCUGAGGGUAAGAUCAUGGCUGAUGAAGGUCUAUGUUUAGAACAAGGCAACGGUCGGGCUGUUUGGAAAAGCUGUAGUGACAGCCGUAAACAAUUGUGGGAGCAAAAGGGGCCAAGAUUAAAAACCGCAGCAGGACUGUGUUUGACUCUGCUGGUAAGUGAUAAAGAUAAAGAAGGUGUCGACGAUCCGUUGACUGCUAAAAGAUGUAUUGAAGACGAUGGACAGAUUUGGCAUUUCGAACGCGUGCCUUGGCGUUGAACAAUGUGAUAAAGUAGAUAGUACAAAUUAUAAUAAAAUAAGGAGCUUCUAAUUAUUUGUAUUACAAUAAUGUAUUAGUCAUUAGUACUUAAUCAGAAAGUUCAAUUGAUUUUCGUCAAUACGCUUUUAUACACCACAAUACGUUAACAAAGUAUUUUAAUCAAGGUAAUGUAUUAAGAAUAAUAUUAAAAUCAUUUAAAGUAUUACCUUAAGCUGUAUUUGUGACAGCAAUUAAUAAGCCUAAUGGCUAGUUCAUAUAGAGUGAGUCGGCGUGCUAGUUCGCAUUUCUAUUACUACAGUGCAGCUACUCGCACCGCAAUCGUAUAACGAGAGUUACUGUCGAGUAUCAGUUGGUCAAAAGCUCGUAUACUAAUUACAUUUUCUGUCUUUACCUUCUCACCAUUUGCCUAGUUUGAUUAUUACAAGGUAAUAAGUCGUCAUUUUAAUCUUAUUAUCACCGCUUUAAAAGAUAAGAAAUACGUACUCACUUUUGAAAGGCCUGGCAUUGAUAGAUCGGCGUAUACUCGGCUAGAUAGUGUAUGAUUUAGGUGCCGAGUCGAAAUCUGAUAAUGAUAUGAAUUUUAACUUUUUAUCCAAGGUUUGCGGUUGUAUGUGUAUACAACUGUCUAUGUGUACCCCGUGAUUUUCAAUGUAAGAGAGAGACUGAUAUGGCGGGGUUGUAGUCAUUAGGACGGUUUUGACUGGUCUGGCAGAAAACUGUAAAUAGAUUUUCCCAUCAAAAAUAGUGGUUUCGUCGGGCAAGUGAUUGGAGAUACUUACUAAACUUGUAAAGUUGGCUUGCCGAUGCUAGUACAGCUACUGGGGCGAGAUAGUGAUCGAUGUUGUGAGGAAAAAGUAAGACUGCCAUAAUCGUUUUAGUUCGUUAUAGAACUGCUCCUAUUCACAAGAAAAUAAUAAUGGCGGAUAAUAAGUUUUUACAGCCUCAAACGACUUAAAAAUAGCUUUUAAGGGUAAAUAUAGAAGUACAAUAAGUAAUCCUAGUUGACACCUGUGAUGUAAAAUUAUUGUAACAAAUAGUUAGGGCACCAUAUAAAAGACCAGGGGCCUUAUUCUCUAUCCCGCACGUUAUUUUGACAGUGUGUAACAAGCACGCAACACAACGCGUCAUGUUUAGGACUAUAGAAAUUUGGCUUACAGAAUACCAUUCCACGCACAUUUCUCGAAGAUAACUUGACACGGCCGCGUUACGCGUUUACACUAUCAUACAGAAUAAGGGCCCAGUUGAUGUGAUUGUUUAAGGAAUUAAUAUACGCAAUGUAGUCGAACAUUAUUGUUUAGUAUAAGUACAAAGUAGGCAAGCAAUUUUAUUCCAAAACAACUCCAUGGAUUUCUUGUUUUCAAGAAUGAUAUUAUGUUUAUAUAAUCCGUAUAUUUUUUUGAGACGUUAUAUAUGAUAACUAUGUCUUAAGUUUGGCAUCUUGCAAUAGGGUAUAUUUUGGUUUUGAUAAUAGUUUUUAUUUAAAUGUAUUAUUAUGUAUGUACAUUGUAUAGUCCUAUAUAAACUAUGUUUUAUAUUUAAUGUAUUUUACCAUGUAUUCUUUAUCUUAUUUUAAAGUGUAAAAUGAACUUUAUGAUCCUGCUGGGUUUAUUAUUAAUUUUAUUAAAUGUGAAGUACCCCAUCGUUGGUUAUAAUGUAGAUAAAAUUACAUUCAAUGCUUUUAAUGCAUAAAAUGCUUUUUAUAUUUCUAAUGUAUUCUUGUUAAUAAUUAAGUAAAGCUUUAAUAAUGCAUUUAUUAUUUUGAAUUUUGGUUUCUUAAUUAUUUUAUGUUUUGUAAUGAAGUUCUACCUUUCUAGUCUCUUUAAUUUUUUUUCGGUGUAAUAACAUCAUUUAUAUGUACUGAAAAACAUUUUUUAUACUAAUCGAACAUAAAGCUAUUGUUUUAAUAUACAUUCAACGUUUUUUUUUUACUGGCUAUACUGGCAUAGGAAUAACUUUUUUAAGCAAGUAUUAACCAAGUAACAACAUUUUUUUAAAGCGUGUGAGCUAAAUUCCAGGCAAGAAUUUUCAGUCUUCUUCUUAAUAAAAAUUUUAGGAGGGAGAGAAUUUUUUUUUUAUUCAUUCCAUAUAUUGAUUUAAGUAGAUUAAUUUUAAAUAGGUUAUUUAAUUCACAUUGGAAAGGGAGUUGAUAGUGGAUAAGGCCGGUUGUAAAAACUAUAUAUAUUUACUUUUAUCGGUAUUAUAUUCUUAUUGUACUUUGAGCAUCCCUGGCGUAAUUUGAAGAUAAUAUUGUUCAUGUCUUAAAUAUGUAUUUUUAUAACUCUCGUAUUUGGAAUAAUUUGUAAUAAUCAUUAAGUGGUUUAAAUUAUUGUCUUCCAAAAAAGCAGAAACUGUAUUUUGACAGUAUUUUUUAUUAUUAUGUGUUAAGUGCAAUCGUCCAUAGGUUAUAUUAUUAUUAACAUUAAGUUUAUUGUAUUUUUUGCCAUCAGCAAUUUAAUGUAUAUUUUGCUGUUAGAUAAUUGAUAGUGUGUUAUUAAUAUCGCACAAGUUAAAUCACUUUUAAUGUUGUGUUGUAUUGAGUGUAAUUAUAAAAUAUAUUAUACAUUUGAUUUAUUUUUCAGAUUUGUAGUUUUGUUUAGUUUUCAAUGGAAAUAUAAAAACGUUUUUAACAUCUGGCUAGGUCAAUAGUAAUUGUACAUUGUAUUUUUUGCCAUCAGCAAUAUUAUUUAUAUUUUGUCAAUACAAAUAUUAAUAAAAUAUUUAUCAAUUUUAUAAUAUUGUAUUACAAUAAUGGAAAAAAUAUUUUUUCAAUUUUUGUUCAUUGUAUUGGUAAUUUUUAAUGGAAUCACGUAAACAUUCUAAACAUGGCGGCGUUUUGAACGUAACCGAAUUCUUUACAAAUUUUUAUGAAAACUUUUGAUGGUCGUGCCUAGAAAUAAUAACACGCACAUUUUCAUUUUUGUUUUUAAUUCAAUGUUACUCAUGUAACUAAAGGUUGUACGUAACAGGGAAUACAAAGCUGAUUGUAUAAUUACAAAAUGCGUAGAAUCGUUUUGUGAAUAAAAAAUGUAUGAAA